CGCUGGUCGUCGUCGUCUCCCUCCCUCCCGCCGAUCCCCUUUAUCCGCCCGUCGUCCCCCCCGCCCCGCCCCGUCUCUCGCCUCGGAAGCUUCCACGAGCUCCCGAGGAGGGAGAUCACAGCCCCGGGCGACCGUCUCCAGCAUGGCUCUGUGGCGGCGCAGCUCGUCCUGGCUCACGUCCUGCUCGCGCGCGCCGGCCGGCAUCGGCGGCGGGAACGAGGCCAAGGUCUCGCCCGAGGUUGCGCCGGAGGACGCCGCGGAGCAAAUCCACGAGGAGGCCGAGGACGAGGAGAGGUGGUCCCGCCUGCUGCCGGAGCUGCUCACGGACAUCGUGCGCCGCGUCGACGCCGGCGCCGAGCGCUGGCCCCCGCGCCGCGACGUCGUCGCCUGCGCCUGCGUCUGCCGCCGCUGGCGCGACGCCGCCGUCGCCGUCGUGCGCCCGCCGCUCGAGUGCGGCAGGAUCACCUUCCCCUCCUCGCUCAAGCAGCCUGGACCGAGGGAUGCGCCGAUGCACUGCUUCAUCAGGAGGAACAAAAGCACCUCCACCUUUUAUCUUUAUCUCAGCUUAACACAGGCCCUAACGGAUAAAGGGAAGUUUCUACUGGCUGCUCGAAGAUUCAGACACGGGGCACACACCGAAUAUAUCAUCUCUUAUGACUCUGAUGAUCUAUAUCCAGGAAGUAAUUCAGGUGUUGGAAAGCUGAGAUCGGACUUCCUGGGGACAAAGUUCGUCAUGUACGACAAUCAGAAACCAUACGACGGCGCCAAGUCCUUGAAGAGCCGAUCAAGUCGCCGCUUUGCGAGCAAACAAAUCAGCCCACACGAUUCAGGCGAUAAUCUUGAAGUUGGACAGGUGUCAUACAGGUUCAACUUCCUCAAAUCAAGAGGGCCGAGAAGAAUGCACUGCAGUAUCCAGUGCCCCGUAGGUCAGGGCACCGCAUCCGAUCCAUCCAAGGAGAAGCCACCGAGCACCUCCAGCUCCUUGUCUCUAAAAAACAAAGCGCCUCGGUGGCACGACCACCUGCAGUGCUGGUGCUUGAAUUUUCACGGCAGGGUGACGGUCGCCUCCGUGAAGAACUUCCAGCUUGUCGCCCCGGCCGGCACCAGCGACCCAUGGGGCGUCGGGGACGAGGAGACGGUGAUCCUCCAGUUCGGUAAGAUCGAGGACGACGCCUUCACGAUGGACUUCCGGCAUCCCCUGUCGGCCUACCAGGCGUUCGCCAUCUGCCUCACCAGCUUUGGCACGAAGCUGGCCUGUGAAUAAGUGCCAUCUCUGUUGAUGUUAUCGUGUGAAUCAUGUGGCGGAUGGCAUGAACUCUUGGCUCUGUUAAUCCGGGAGAAAGGGGCGGCACUGUGAUACUGUACUCGCAAUCUCUGCUCUUCUCUUUCUCGUCUGAUGAUGGAUGUGGAUUUGACUCUAUGGCUGUGGUUGUUGUUUGUAAAUGGCACUCCAUUUCUUUCGGUGAUUUACCCAUGGAGCGUGGUGUGUACCUUCCUCCAAUGCCGUUUUACCCUUCACGUAGGUAGACAUGGUUUGGGGCUGCUAAUCUGCAUUGAUAAAUUAACCCUUGUACAUGUCGUUAUGACUACCUUCCUCCAAUGCCGUUUUACCGGCAAUGUAUCCCUUUUGUGGUCUACAUGACAUUGUAAUGUUCAGUAGUAACAUUUGUAUC